AUGCCAUCUUCAAAUUCGGGAAAUGAGUUACUAUUAAGAUUCUUUGAGUCUGCUCAUUUUACAAGUCAGCUAUGUGUAGCAUAUCUUUCGCGGUAUCCCAAUAAUAUUGGUAUCCAUCACUUUUUGUGUGAGAAACUCGCAUCCUUUUCGUAUGAAGAAAUUGAAUUCUUUAUCCCUCAGCUAAUCCAUCUUGUUCUCAACAAGGAUGCUGAAAGCGUUGCUUUAGAGGAUUUUAUUAUAAAUGAAUGCGAAAAAAACACACAAUGUGCACUUAUAACAUUUUGGUACCUACAGGCUCAUAUGGUAGACUUAAGUUUACUACCACGCUCAACGUCUUUCAAAAUAUGCAAGCGUCUUUACAAUCGUAUACAAGUUUUGGUUUUUAUGUCAUCUUCCUUUCAAUCACAGCAAAAAAUUUCAGAAAAUGUUUCGCCGGCACUGAUACUUUCUGGACUUAUGCUUGGUGGAGUCCUUGUCCCUGAACUUUUAAAAAAGGUAGGACCUAUAGCCAUAGCUCAAGGUCGUAAGGCACCGCGGCAAGAUUCCGAAGAGUCGGGUACGGAUGUUUUACAUCGUUUGUCCGCAGAGAGUCGAUAUUCCUUUGAUAUCGUUCAGAACUCAAAAGCACCGUCUAUGGAUUCUCAAAAUUCAGGAUAUCUUUUUCCUACAGUAUCUCCACUCGUCCGGACUCAUUCGCACCAAAGUUCAGGUGCUCUGUCUGUUGAUGAACAACGUAGAUUGCUACGUUCUAAUUAUUUUCAGCAGGAGAUUCAGUUUCUGUUUGCUUUGCAAGAUAUUUCCAUCCGACUUAUUAUCGUUCCACGACAAGCACGACUUUCAUCACUUCGAGCCGAGCUGGCUUUGCUCAAUAAUAGCCUACCUGCCGACGUCAACGUCCCGAUCAUGCGGCCUUACUACAAUGAAGUCAGCCACAAAAUAGUGAGAAUUGACCCCAAAGAAGCUACGAUUCUUAAUUCAGCUGAACGUGUACCCUAUCUAAUUUAUGUGGAAGUACUGUCCGGCGAACUUAACUUCGAACCAAAUUCAAAAAAUAAUAUUGGUAAAAUUCAGAAGCUUUCCUCACAUAAGAACGUUAAGAGACGGUGGUUUGACUUGACGGACGUUAAUCCAACAUCGGCACAUAACGAUAACCUGAAUGCAGAGGGCUCCGAGUCGGAAAGCGAAGCUGGCGAUUUGAGCAUGUCACCGUUAGUUAGCAAGCUGAUUCCACCCAAUAUUGUCGCAAGUAAAUCUUCUUCCAACAUUCAAGCUUCCUCUUCUACGAUGCACAAAGACACAGAUGUUCUGUUAGUACCCGGUAGACACUCAGAUUCUGGAGAACACUUUGUGACUAAACGGAACAAAGCAUAUGCUUCCGAAAUAACCACCAGAAUGCGCGCGGCUGCAACCAUGCUUAGCCAACUAGAUAUUGAGGGUAGCAAAAGGCCAAAAGCUGAGACAGAAAGAAUAAAAGCCAGCAUUAUCUUGGAUAUGCAACAUUUAGAAGAAGAAAGACUCAAUGAGCCACUGACAUAUCCAGUUUCGGUCGAUAUCUCUUGUGCCGAGGAUUUACGUUCAAAUAAGGAUGAUCAAAAUCAAGAUAGAAAGGGUGAUCGGGAUGAUCCGAGUGCUGCAACUUUUCAAGAAGAUUGGUAUACCAAGAAAGAGAGAAUCCGGAAAUUCUCUCCUUAUGGACAUUUACCUAACUGGGAUCUGGUCAGUGUUAUCGUUAAAACGGGUGCCGAUCUACGUCAAGAGACUUUUGCAUGCCAGCUUAUUCACGCGUUUCGUAAAAUUUGGCAAGAAAGCAAAGAAAAGUUAUGGCUUCGUAGAAUGAAAAUUUUGGUCACUGGUGAUAGCAGUGGUUUGAUUGAGACCAUCACAAACGCAAUCAGUGUGCAUUCUAUUAAGAAGAAUUUGACGCGAGAAAUACAAGAAGCUGAAAUGACUGAAGGAAAAGUUCCCAGUAAAGGGGUGGCUACUCUGAAAGAUUACUUUGUAAAGCGUUUUGGACUUCCCAAUUCUGACCGUUAUUAUCAAGCCCAAACAAACUUUAUGCAAUCGUUAGUCGCUUACAGCAUCAUAGCAUAUUUAUUACAGUUAAAGGACAGACACAACGGAAACAUUUUGAUUGAUAGUGACGGUCAUGUUGUACAUAUUGAUUUUGGAUUUUUAUUAACGAAUACACCUGGCAACGUUGGAUUUGAAAGUGCACCAUUCAAAUUGACCGCCGAUUACCUAGAAAUUCUGGAUGAUCGUUUUGAUGAAUUUCGUUCAUUGAUGAAGAAAGCAUUCAAGUCAGUACGUAAACGUGCGGAUCAAAUUAUACUAUUAGUAGAAGUCAUGCAGAAUAACUCUUCGAUGCCAUGCUUUCGAGGAAAGGAGAAUACCAGUGCACAGCUUUUACAACGAUUCCACUUGCAACUCAGUGAAAAAGAGUGUGAUGAUUUUGUGGAUUUACUAAUUCAAAAAGCCAACUGCAGUGUAUGGACGAGACUUUAUGAUCUAUUUCAAAGCAUUACUAAUGGAAUAUUCUAA